AUGUUGACACUCGCCAACGUCACUUGGGUCGACAUACAACUAUGUCUUGCUUGUGCUGGAGUAUAUUUUCUAAUGUGGGUCUUCAACAAGAAGAAUCCUGCACCAUAUCCGCCUGGUCCCCCGGGGUGGCUUCUCAUCGGGAACAUCUUAGAUAUGCCUCACAUCAAGCCCUGGCUCACCUUCGCUACGUGGGGCAAGAAGUAUGGUAAUAUCUCGCACAUCGAAGUUAUGGGUCAACACAUUGUGGUGCUGAACUCUGUCAAGGCUGCGAUAGACAUGCUAGACAAGAAGAGCACACUGUACUCUGACCGUCCUAUUUUUCCUGUUGGCGGUGAACUUGUUGGCUGGAAACACAGCCUGGCCCUUCUCCCUGAUGGUGACCGCUUUCGCCGGUACUGCAGGAACCUCCACCACGUGAUUGGCAGCCGAGCCGCAGUAGGCAUGUACAGCCAGAUCGAAGAGGUCGAGACUCGCCGAUUCCUUAAGCAUGUGCUCACAAAACCCGGUCAACUACAGGCACACAUCCGACACACCGCUGGUGCCAUCAUCCUGCGCAUCUCUUAUGGUUAUGAAGUGGCGAAGAACGACGAUCCUUUCGUUGACCUUGCGGAUCGCGGUCUAGAUUUAUUCUCGCGUUCCACUGCUCCUGGUGCUUUUGUGGCUGAUUUUAUGCCAUUCUUGGUCAAAGCCCCCGAAUGGUUCCCUGGUGCCGGCUUCAAGCGCCUAGUCCCUGAAUGGCGUAAGACCGUCGAAGAGAUGGUUUUUACACCGUACAAUUUCGUCAAGGAUCAGAUGGCAGCUGGAAUUGCCCCGGAGUCUUUUACCUCGAAUCUGUUGGAAAAACGUACGUUGUCCGUAGAAGACGAGCAUGUUGUGAAGUGGUCUGCUGUGUCUCUAUAUGGCGGCGGUGCCGACACGACUGCUUCUGCGAUCUACUCGUUCUUCCUGGCCAUGACACUAUUCCAUGAUGUACAGAAGAAGGCUCAGGCUGAAAUAGAUGCUGCCAUCGGUCCCGAUCGUCUUCCCUCCUUCGCCGACAGAGGCUCUCUCCCCUAUACUGAUGCACUUGCUAAAGAAGUACUACGAUGGAAUGUUGUCGUCCCUACCGGUAUCCUCCACCGUGUCACUGAGGAUGUCAUUCAUGACGGGUAUUUCAUUCCAAAAGGUUCCUUGGUAAUACCUAACAUUUGGUUCAUGCUCAACGACCCACAAACAUAUGCUAGUCCCUUGCAAUUCAACCCUGAACGCUUUUUGUCUAAUGAUGGAGAGAAGCCUGAGACUGACCCCCAGAAAAUCUGCUUUGGUUUUGGGAGACGUAUGUGUCCAGGUAUCCACCUCGCUGAAGCCUCCGUCUGGAUCUCCGUUGCGAUGUCACUGGCCGUAUUCGACAUUUCCAAAGUCGUUGAGAACGGUGUUGAGAUCACCCCUGAGGUUGAUCCCUCAUCCGGCACAAUCAGUCAUCCGAAGCCCUUCAAGUGUUCUAUUAAGCCCCACUCUGCGAAAGCCAUCGAGCUUAUUGAACAGGAUGCUAACUACUAAGCGUGCGAAGAUGAAAGCAUACAUGAAGGUGUGCCACAUCGCAUUAUGGUACAUGUCUGUGUAUCGCUUUAUUUUGUUAUGAAGGAUGAUUUACUAUCGCGCACGUCCGAUCGGCCACUGAACAGACAUGCAUUACAAAGUAGCACCCCGCACGGACGGCAACUGUCGGAAAAUGUGUAGCCAAUAACCAAACUGGACUCGGACUGACUAAAGUUGACCCAUCCUGGUGAACUUGGCGAUUCGAUUUGUCCUGAGAAGGGUCUGGUCUGGUCCGUUGACAACACAUAAGCUGCUCCGAAGGUGGGAUGUCAUACAGGUUAUCCUGGCGUAUGGCACGGGUCCUGCCAAAGCUCUCGUCCAUUUCACGCGAUGAAAGGGGGUAUAGGGAGGAUGCUUGAGCCUUGAGCGCUCAUAUCUCUUGGCGCUGACUACAAUACAUUAGUGCGCAACGCGCUUCUGGAUGAUGAACCAGUCUGUGAGACG